AUGAAAGUGUCACGAACUUUAAUCGUUGUAGGUUCUCUGCUCCUGAUUAUCAGCAUCGUAUUGACCUACAAAUGGAUAACAUACAAUCAUGCUUACCCAAAGGAACAAACAGAACUAACGAAUUCAACGAAGAAAGCAAACACUCUUCCAAAAAAUCCAAUCGAUGGCAAGGCUAAGAAUAAAAACCAUGUGCAUUCCUUAGCCAAAAAUGCAGCCAAGUCGGUGGCCAACCAACCAAAGUUCAAAUCGGACAAGCUUUUUAAGAGAAUUCCAGUCAUACCCCUGCUCGAUGUACUAAAUGCCAAAAAGCAGCCAAGUCGUGGACAAAGUAUAUUCUUCCAUGAAACUUCGAAUUUCAGGCGGAUAGAAAAGAACGCCGUGGUCCAAUUGACGGCACGUGAGGCCUGUGCCAUUGAAUCGGCUGCCCUUCACAAUCCAGGCCUCACUGUAUUUGUACUUUUCGCCGGCGCCACUCAUCGUCCAUUAAGUGGAGAUCCGCUGAUCAGGGCUUUGCAUAACUACAAGAACAUAAGACUGAGGCAUCUCAAUUUGUGGCGCUAUGCAGCCGGAACUCCCAUCGCAAAAUGGCUAAAAAGCGGAAAACUAUUCAAAUCGAAAUUUCUUUUUCCACACGUCUCGGAUCUUCUGCGUUAUGUUACCCUAUACAAGUACGGCGGUCUUUACCUGGAUCUCGAUGUCGUGGUUCAGCAGAACCUGGAGAAGAUGCCACCGAACUUCACGGGUGCUGAGAGCAACAUAUCUUUGGCCUGUGGAGUCAUGAAGAUGUCCCCCGGCGGUCUGGGCCACAAGAUUGCCACCAUGUGUCUGCGGGAUCUGGAGGCUAACUACAAUGCGAAUAAGUGGGGCACCAAUGGACCCGGGGUCAUAACACGAGUGGCCAAAAAGCAGUGCAACACAGAUAAUAUCAAGUCAGUGAUUAACAAUCCCAAACGCUGCAAUGGCUUCAAGAUCUUUGAUGCAAAUGCAUUCUAUGCCAUUUCCUGGCGUCAGUGGAAGGAUUUCUUUGAGCCCAACAGACUCAACGUAACCAUGAAAAGAAUAUCCAAAUCUCCAGUGAUUCAUGUUUGGAACAAAUUCUCAAAGGGAUGGAAACUGAAAACGAAGGCCAACUGUGCCUACACCAAACUGGCCAAAACUCACUGUCCCAGGUCAUUUGCAGCAGCGGGGGAAUAUUUUUGAUUAAUUCUAAGCUUCAUUAAGUUAGGAAUAAGUUUCGAUUUAAUACCGCCUAAGUUAAGUCUAAAAGCAAUGUAUCUUCUUUUAAUAUAUAGUAGAAAUU